GUACCGAGCGUCCGAGCCACGACUCUUCCCUCGCUCGCUCGUUCGUCUCCUCCCACCAAGGCACCAAACCAAUCUAGCCACCAAGGCACCAACCAAGAGCCAUGGCAUCCCCGUUCUGCGCCGCUGCCGCCGCUUGCCGCCUCGCCGUCCCCGCCCCGUCCCCUCCCGCCGCACGGGCGCCUAGGCCCCGACGCGGCCUGGUGGCGGUGCGCGCGGAGGCGGGCGGUGGGAUAAACCCGGCCAUCCGGAAGGAGGAGGACAAGGUGGUCGACACCGUUCUCACCGGCGAGCUCGCCAAGCCGCUCACCGCGUACUGUCGGUGUUGGAGAUCAGGAACAUUCCCACUGUGCGAUGGAUCCCAUGUGAAGCACAACAAAGCAACCGGUGAUAAUGUGGGCCCCCUGCUCGUUAAGAAGUAGAUGCAGUUUCUUUCGACUUUUGCCCUAGCGUCAUGUUGAGCGCUGAGCUGAACACUAUCUGUAUGUCAUGAUAUAUGUUUUUUUAGCCAAGAUAAACUAUCAUGACGCAACGAUCCUUCAUUCGGAAUAAAGUAAGCUGCUCAUGUCAACAAGUCUCAGUUUCAUGAUUGUAGGAAACGUUAGUGACUGGUGAUACAUGUAGUGGGAUGUAUGAAAAUCGGAAAAAUAUUUUGUUC